UUUCUUCUUAAAGAAAAGGAAAUUUGUUAAAAUGACAGCCCAUCCACAUGCAUCCUUGCUUAUUCAUCCUAUAUAUAUAUCUACCAUUGAUAAUCAUCUCUUUCUUCAUUCAAAUUCAACUCCCAUCUCUAUCUAUCUUCAAUACCAGGAAAAAAGGAUGGCUACCGACGGGCCGAGCUGGGCGGAUCAAUGGGGUGAAGGAGGGUUUGGUGCUAUGGCAGAGGAGGACACCAAAAGCAACAAGGAGACUGCAGCGGAAAAGAAGACGGGUGGGUUCGGGAAGGCCAAAGCAGCGGCGCUCAAGGUCAAGAACAGCACAUCCAUGAGCAUCAAGUGGGUGAAAAAUAAAUGCCAGAAGAAAACCUCUAACACGUGAACAGAAACACACCUAUGUAUGUUGCAAAUGAAAUUAGAUUUCCCAAAUCAUGUAAUGCAACUUUAGACUAUGAAGCUAUUCGAGUAGACAGCAUAAUCCAUACAUUUUCACCUUCGUUUGUGAUCAAUCAAGAUUCUUUAAAUUUGCAUAAUAAUGAUGAUAUGGACAGAGAUUUAUUAGUCAA